AGCAGCAGCAGCAGCACAACGCGCCAGACGAAGCGCACAUGACACGCGCGUGACCCGUCCGCCCACGCCUCGUCUCUCCACUUUCAUCACACAAUCACGAAUCACGAAUCGCGUCGUACCGCAGGUGCACUUGGGACUACUCACCACGAAACGGGACACACGACUCCACCCGAGUAGGCGGAAUUGACGCCUUGCCGCCAAAGAUUCUGCGAACACGGCUUGCUGAUCCAGCAAAGGUGAAGCGAUCCGAGCGAAGUUGGCGCAAUAUCACAAAAGGCACGAGUCCCACAGACCUUGCGUCAAGGUACUAUCACAUCAUGAUCCAACUGCCGACGCGUCGAUAGACACCUGCGAUCUGCGGCCAUCAGCAGUCGAGCGGAAGAGCACCAGCAGCUAGAAGCCACUGCACUUCCAAGCAAUCGAGUCCACAACAAACAAACACCCAGACUCCUCCUUGCAAUGCAAAAUAAGGCAUCCUCAUCCUCAUCGUCUUCUUCCUCGUCUACUUCCGCACCUGCACCUGCUCCCAUCUCGGUCAUGCCUGCACAGAGCGCAACUUCUGCUUCCAGCGCUCCGACAUCCUCCUCCUCUUCCUCCUCCUCCUCAUCCCCGGUCACCAAGACUCCGCCCAAGACGCCGCCGCGGAGUGCAGCUGGUGCGAGUUCUCGUGCCAAAGCAAGCGCUGCUUCUUCUACCUCAGUACCCGUCACUGCACCGGACUCUCCAGCAGAGACGCGUCGUGAACCGAGGGCAAGGAGCAAUGCUUUAUCUUCGAGUCCCAAGGGUAAAGAGAAGGAGACAGCGGUCGUAGUGACUGCACCCGUCCGCACGAGCUCCAAGCGGUUACACGAUGCUACCGGUUCCGCGUCUUCCCCUUCGAACAAAAACGCUCGGACAGACAAGAGGGCAAAAUCGCGAUCGCCGCAGAGGUCACCCAGGGGCGGAGGGCCUGCUCCGAGCGCCGGACGCCAAGCUGGAUCUCAAGAUAGAACUCCGAAUGCCGUAGGCGCGCUGGGUCAAGCAAAUCUCGCACCGGUUGAUUUGCAGGGCGCUGGUGCGCAGCUGCCCACUCCUCAGUCUGUUGGUCUGCAAGAGGAGGAAGCAGAGAUGAAGAAUAUUUUGGAUUCGAUGCCUAGAUGGGUCAAUCAGGAUGGUGACUUGUCAGGCGAUCUUUCCAACACGAGCACGUCAUCUGCAUCUUCGAGCGGAUUGGGCAUCAGCAGGGAAGACAGGUCAUUUGGGGACAAUAGGGAUGGUCCGCUGCAGACGUCCAGUACAGUAUCGCGUGGGGCUUAUCAUCAGUGCGGCACGGCUAGAAGAGUGAAGGUGUACGAGCUUCAAGGCGAUAGCUGGCAAGAUCGAGGCACGGGUUUCUGUGCUGGUGUGUACGAUGAGGGACGAGAUGAAGCUUUGCUGGCUGCUAGAGUCGAGGAUGCCUGCGAAGAUCUGCCGCUGGAGAAGAGCUCCUCCCCUGAGCCCAUGAGUGGAGGACCGUCCAGCGGUCAAGCAGGUGCAACUGCUACUGAGAACCCUGCAAGCCCGCAGAAAGCCGGACAAGAAGGCGCAUCAACUGCACAUGAAUCGCAAAAUUUCAUGGUCGUCAUCACCCCGACGCUAGAAGCGGACGACCUUCUACUUUUGACCACCGUAGUCAGAGAUGACGUGUAUCAAAGACAGCAAGAUACACUGAUCGUCUGGACGGAGCCGCAUGGGCAAGACAUGGCCCUCUCUUUCCAGGAGGCGGACGGGUGCCAAGAGAUCUGGGACUUCUUGCAAGAGGUGCAGAAGCACUUCAAUCUCAAUGCAGGAAGUUUGGAUGGGCCUGGAGGCGUCGAAGGAGGCGUAAGAAUGGGCGACGAAGGCUUCGAAUCGCCCCCCUUGACUCCAAAUCCUGAUAGUAGCCCGUCGGCGCUCGGACCUGCGGGACACGAUCCCUUUGGACCGAAUGGCGCUGCGUUUGUCCUUCCUGACCCGUCACUUGGUAACCUGGCCCUCAUCGAAAUGAGCAUCAAGGACGCUGCUGCUAGAAGUCCACAUGCCAGGGAGAAAAUUGCUGCAUGGAUGCUGCGGAGCAACUUCUUGCACAAGUUAUUGCCCAUAUUUAGUGAUGCGGAGGAUUUAGAGCAAUUGGAAGCUCUGCAUCGCCUUUGCUCCAUCACGCAGACCACUCUGAUGCUCAACGAACACUCGUUGCUGGAGCAAAUUUUGCAAGACGACGUUUUCUUGGGGGUUGUCGGCAUGCUAGAGUAUGAUCCCGAAUUCCCCACGCUCAAGGCUAGCUACAGAGACUUCCUUCAGAACACGACCAAGUUUCGGACUGUCGUGGACAUCGAAGACCCAGUGAUACUGGCAAAGAUACACCAGACGUAUCGUUUGCAAUACCUGCGGGACGUGAUCCUAGCUCGAGUGCUAGACGAUGCGAUGUUCUCGGUGUUGAACAGUUUCAUCUUCUUCCAUCAAGUAGACAUUGUCGGCUUUUGCUCUGCCAAUGCUUCUUUCCUGAACCGCUUCUUUUCGGUAUAUGGAGAGGUGACGAUUCCCCGACGGGCAGACGCACCCGGCGCGGCGCAGCACAUGAUGAUUGGCAAUGCGGCUAACGGACAGAAUGCGGGACUACCUCCCCCUCAAGGCGCCCCGAGCCUGCCGGACCGCGUCAUAGCCUAUCAGAAGCCACCUUCCGGACCGGGGACGCAGCAAAUGGCGGAAGGCGUCAUCUUCCUGCAACAGCUGUGCGCGAUGGGGAAACAGGUACAGCUACCCGCUCGGAUAGGCCUUUAUCGAUCCCUGGUAGAUUGGGGCUUACUGAGCGUUUUGGAGUGGGCUUUGCAGCUCAAGGGAGAGAUGAAGCUGCGCAAUGCGGCUGCGGAAGUGCUACUCACCAUCAUCGAGUACGACGUUAGCAGCGUGAGAGCGCACGCGCUCGCUCAAGCGGAAGCGAGCAUGAAGCCCAUCUCCACUCUUCUGGUAGAGUCGCUGCAUGCGGAGCAGGACCUAGGUCUCAAAGCUCAAAUGUCAGAGGCCACACGGGUCUUACUAGACACGUCCGCAGAGAUGGGCGCUGCUAAUCCGGUAGCUCAGACCCUGGCUGCUGCAGCUGCUGCAGCCGUCGGCUCUCGGCCCAAGGACGAGUCGGACCGGUUCUUGAAUCUGGUGUACGAGGGCGACAUUGAGCGACUGUUCUCGCCUUUCUUCUCGCUGCCGCUCUUCAAAGUUAUCGCCCCAGGGGCAAGCAUCGACUUGUCACCCAGGGCCCGAUCAGCCCUCUUUGCGCACCUUUGCGAUCUGCUCUGCUACGUCAUUGUGCACCACACCUUUCGGAGUCAGUACUUUAUCAUCACCUCCGACAUCGUUCGGCACGUCGUCAGCUUGCUGUAUGCGAGAGAGAAGCACAUCAGACUGGCGGCGUUGCGCUUCUUGAAGGCUUGCCUCACCAGGAAUAACCAGUACAUCAACAGGCACUUUGUCAAGGUUGAGCUGGUUGGAGCAGUACUGGCAGCGGUGGAGCACGAGAAGCACAGGGACAACCUGGUCGCGUCUGCAUGCUUGGACUUUUUCGCCUAUCUAAGAAGGGAAAAUGUCAAGCCUUUGAUCGCCCAGCUUGCGGAUAGCUUCGGAGAUCGAUUGCGUGCGCUUGCUACGGCGCCCCUUGUUGGCGGCGCCUUUCAAGCUCUUCUCGAUCAACACGAACGAAAUCUCUUCCCUGCACCCGAGGUUGGCGACAUGAGCGCCUCAGACGCUGCGGCGUCUUUGGCAGCAGAAAAGGAUCGGCGUCAGAGAGAUCUCGCGAGAAGAGGAGCUAAUCGGGCCACGAUGGAUUCGGAUGAAGAGAGCUACUUCAACGAUGAUUCAGACGACGAGAAUGUGGCUUCUCAAGGGCAGCAGCCUGUCGUGCCAUCGCACGACACAGGUGGUGGAUUUAUACUCGAGCCUCCCGGCGCUGUUGGUGCCAACGAAGGCUUUUCUCAACUGCCCUCCUCUGCGCCCAUGUCUCGCUCCUUGGUGGCGUAUGCGGACGACGACGAUGUCGAGGCCGAUGCAGACGCUGACGCGCAGGAGGUUGCCAAGAAGCUGGCAGUAGCAGAAGCGCCUGUUUCUUUGGCACCAAAGGCUGAGCCCACACUCAAGAGACGCAAAUCGCCGAUUCAGAAGAUGUCGGAGGUCAAGGAGGAGCAGCCGCGGCAGAAGCGCAGGCGAAGCGGAGCAGAUGCAGUAUCCUUGUCUGGUCCAUCGACGGGGCAAUUUGACGAUGCGGACGAAGAUGAGGAUAUCAUUGGUCGGCUGGCCAAGAGGCAGGCGCUCAAGAAUAAGGACAAGGACGAGGAUGAGGAGAGCGGCUUUUUGAGAGACAAGUCUGCUACGCCUGUCCCAUCUGCGAAUGCCGGCACUGCCUCGCCCUCCGCAACGCCCAGCUCGAACGAAAAGCAAAGCGGCUCCGCGACUAAUUCGAGCGCGCCAGGUCUCAAGAAGAUUUCUUUGGGUCUGUCGAGCUCCAGCAAGCGGAUGGCCGCCGCAACCAGUGCCGGCGGGGGCGCUGCGAACAAUGACGAACAAAAGUCCAAGUGAGGCGAAAAUGUUUGGGCGGCAGUCGAGGAAGGGAAUGGGGGAGGAGGGGGAAAGCGGAGAGGAAAUAAAGGUAGGACACUAAUGGCGCGCUUCAGCUCGGCGCACGGCGUUGCCGAUGGCACCGCAUUUCCGUCUUCUUUUCGUGUGUUUGUGCUCUCGAGGCUCGCGCCAUGUAUUACAGUAUGCUCUUUCGCGUGCUCGACAAAUGAGGAAAAACAAAUGUAGUGCACAGAAAGU